CUUCCACAUAGAAACCAUGUGCUUAUCUUAUUGAUGAUUUUGAUCUAAAAUUGUGAUUUCAAAAUAUUUAAGAAAUGGCAGGAUAUGAUCUCAAAAAUAGCGACGAGGUUCAAGAAUAUUUAAAAAAUCUUCAUAUAGAAUAUCAAUUUGGAUGUUUAAAUGAGAAAAAACCUGAAGUUUGCCAUUUAUUGGGUGAUUAUAACGAAUCUAUUAAACAAGAUUCUAAAGAAGCAUUAAAAAUAUAUAAAAAUAAUUGUGAUGAAUUCAAUUAUGGAAGAAGUUGCACAAAAUAUGGUGAUUAUAAAGUAAUAGGUAAAGAAUGUGCAAAGGAUCCUAUAGAGGCAUUCAAAUAUAUGCAAAAAGGUUGUGAUAAUAGUGAUCCAAGAGGUUGUCUUCAUGCAGGCGCUCUUGCAUUAUCUCAGACAAAACUUGAAUCAAGCAAGGAUUCUCAGAUUUCCCUUGGAAUUAAACUGCUAAGAAAGGCUUGUGAUGCUAAUCAAGAGAAAGCUUGUUUUUAUUUAUCAGGCAUUUUCUUAAAUGGUAUAGAAGGAAUUAUAGAAAAAAAUUUAAAGGAAGCAUAUGUAUUAUCAUUAAAGUGUUGUGAAUUGAACAAUCCUUAUGCAUGCGCCAAUGUAUCUUUAAUGCACAAAAAAGGUGAUGGUGUGCAACAAAAUGCAGAAUUGGCAAACACUUUCAGGUUACGAGCUGAAGAAAUAAUGAAGGAAUUACAACAAAAUAGAAGUUCAAUAAAAUUUCAUCAGGGUAUUAACCUUUAAUUUUAUUUUAUUAUUAUAUUGUGUAUAGUAGAUAUGAAGAUAAAAUUUUGUAGUAAAUGUAAUAGUGAUUAAUUGUAAUCUUUUAUUCAAUGAACAUAUGUAUUAUACAAA